AGUUAAAUUUUUGGACCAGAAUUGAUGAUUGUCGAGUGAAAGUAUGUAUCGAAAUAGUUUCAAGGUCCUUUCGCGGCGCGCAAUGUGUUCGUAAUCGCCCAGCAAUAGCAGAGAUUCAGUUCGGCUAUUUUUACCACCAACAUCAUCAUCGCAGCGCGGCUUCAGUAGUCAUUCUAGCGACCUCCCCCGGUUUGCUGGCCAAAAACCAUGAGACUGUUGCUGUUGAGUUGUUUGCUGUUGGUGCCAUGGCGAGUACGGGCUUCCUUCGUGGACUACAUUUGGCCAUCGAGCGAAAAUGAAAACCAAGAAACCGCCGUGGAUUCGUUCCCGGCCGUCCCGUACGAGGUAUCCGAAGGGGAUGAGACGUUUGUAAGGGAGGCUUCCAAGUGGAUCGGUUCCAAUCUGUCCAAGCUGGACAUGUGCCAUCACCGGGUGAUUUUGAAGCUGAAGAACUCCUGUAGUCAAUUGAACGCCGAGGAUAUUGGGAAGUUGGCGGUGAUGCUGCUGAAUUGUCAGUCGGACGCCGAGGGUCGUCCCAUCUAUCACUGUACGGAUCAGAUGAGCUUGAAGGAGUGCACGAGCUCGAUGGAUCCGAAUACCUGGAAUGCGUAUCACUUGGUGACGAAUCGAGCGAAAGCGGUUUGUGCGAGCGUUCGGCACGAUCAGUUCCGAGGAUUGACGGAGUUGACGGUCAACAAGCUGAUGAACACGGCGCACGAGCAGAUUCAGAUGAUGGGACAGCUGGCGGACAACCAGAAAGAGUUGCAGAGUGUAACUAAGGAGGCGAUUGAUGAGAUGACUGCGAAUAACGAUAGGAUCAUCAACCAGCAGGGAGAUAUUAUGAAGCUGUCGGAGGCUCAUCGGGCGAAGGUUGAGUCCAAUUUUAGGGAUUUGGUUCGGGAAAAGGGCUUGAUUCGAGCUGGACAGCAGGAGGUCGCCAUAUUGCUGACUGAUUUACGGGGUAGAAUCGACGAGAGCAUAAAACAGCUGGAAUUGCAGUCGAAGAGAAGUAAGUUGAACCACGCCUCCCUAUUGACGGAUAUGGAGAACCUGGCGAAGAGUGCUUCCACGAUCGCGGACAAAAUUGACGAAACAGGACUUCACUUUGCAACGCACCAUCAAAACGCCGAAAAGCAAUACCAAUACACCCUUAAUCAGCUUCAGAAGAUCAACAAUACCGUAGCGAAUAUGCUGGAUAUGAUCGGCACGCUCCAGAAAGACUUCGACCAGAAGCUCAGCUGGAUCACGGAAAAGGUCGGCGGUAGUGACUACAUCCUUAAAAAAAUGCACACGAUCGUAAUUCACUUUUGUUACCUCCUCUUCGGCAUGAUCUGCCUGUCCUUCAUCGGCGCGGACAAGUUCAUCCGGAUCUUCUUCAUCCUCGCCGUCCCGGGAAACCUCCUCGGCAACCUGCUCGACCUGUUCGAAUCCGACGUCAUCCGGCUGAGCAUCGCCCUCGCCAGCUUCAUCCUCGCCGAUCUAAUCUGUCGCGUAGCGAUCAAGUACUUCCCCAAGGAAUCUUCCUCGCGAUCGGACCAAACCGAUUCCCGACCUCAACCACAACAAACUUCCAACGGUGGUCCAUCGAGACGUUCCGACCUCAACUCUCAACCAAACAACGACGACGACGGCGAAGAUGAGGAAGCAGACGACGAUGAAGAGGCAGACGAUGAAGUGUCCUACCUGAACAGGAUCCGGUCGCGGUUCUCACGGGAACGGUCCGUGACGCCGCUGUUGAGGCGCAGUGUGACACCGGCGGCGACAACGAAUGGGGAUGUCUCGGCAGGACAUAGCCAGCAGUGUACGGCGAGGACGCUUAGGGGGGAGCAGUGCAGGAGUUCGGCACUAGCUGGACGGGAUUAUUGCCGGUUGCACGAGCAGAGGGGGUUGUAAUUGGGUCUUUGGGUUCAGAUUUGUGUCAUAACUUUAAUGGGAACGGCAGAUCUUAGAUUUACUUAUAUCAUAUUGAUUGAAGAAUUUAUGAUUUUUUCCUCGCUUUUCACAUGUUAGACAUUACACUUAGUAUAUUUAAACUAAACAAUGACAUUUUUUAGAGUUUAGAACUUUAACAUACUAGGUAUAAGCUGUUUUGUUGCUCUUUAUAAUUGUAAUUUCCUUUAUUGU